UUAUUGGCGAAGCUAAGCUCUAAACUUUCAUGAAGCUUCGACCCCUCUUGAUUUAACCCAUAAAUGCGUCUUAAUCUUAAUCUUAAUCCUAAUCUAGAGAGAGAGUGAAGAGAGAGAGAGAGAGUUUAUAGAAGAGUUUUGACUCUCAAAGGCCUAAGCGAAUUGAAAGUUUUGUGUUGUUUGCAAGUGGGAAAAAGAGAUGGAAGACGAAGUGGGAGUGCAGAGCAAAGAAGAGCUUCAAAACCCAGUUGAAGGAGGAGCUAAAGAUGAAGUUUCUGCUCAUCUUCCAGCUCCACCUUCUUGGAAGAAACUGUUAUCACCCAAGAAGGGAGGUACACCAAGAAAGAACGAAGUCAUAUUCAUAGCACCGACUGGCGAGGAGAUCAGUAAUCGAAAACAGCUCGAGCAGUACUUGAAAUCACACCCUGUAGAUGUUGCAUUAUCGGAUUUUGAUUGGAGUACUGGUGAGACGCCUCGGAGAUCUGCUAGGAUUAGUGAGAAGGCUAAGACAACGCCUCCCCCACAGGAAGAUCCCCCAAGGAAACGAGCUAGAAAGUCUCCCGGCUCGAAAAAGAAGGAAGCUAAGAACUCUGAGGGUGUAAAGGAAACUGAUGUUAAAGAUGUCGAAAUGUCCGAGAAGGAGCACGCUGAAAUCAAGAAAGAAAAGGAUAAAGAGCCUAAAAUGGUUGAUGAAACAAAAGAAAAAGAAACUGAAAAUGCCAAGGAUGAAGAGCCUGAAAAAGACAUUGAAACUGCCAAGGAUGAACAGGCCAAGAAGGAAGACGAAACAAAAGACAAGGAAAUUGAAACGGCCAAGGAUGAACAGGCCGAGAACGUUGUCGAAACAAAAGACGAACCCGGCAUUGAGAAUGUGCCCGGUAACACGACGAUAACCAAAAACGGUCAGUUAGAUGCUGAAGAUGGCAAAGAAGUAGAAGAUCAAAGUCAUGGUAAUGUUCAAAAUCAAGAGGUAGCCACAGCUGUUGAAAGUGUGGCAUUGGUGGGUGGACAAGAUAAAGGGGAAAACAGACCACAAACUGAAGCUGAGAAAGCUAAUGAAUCAUGCUGUAUGAAACAGGAAAAGGCAGAUGCUAGUAACAUCAAGGAAAAUGGUGUUGCAGGAACUCCAGCAUCCGAGGGAACGAUCACGGAAAACGACGAUGCACAAAAGCACGACAUCCAGGCAAAGGACAGAGUAAACAAAAAGGAGAGCGAGGUGAUCGAAACCGCGAUGAGAUCCCACAUCGGUUGGAGAGGAGAACGAAGCAUUCUUUAUAAGGAUGUAGAAACCUCUCCCUAGUACACGUGUUUUAAAAACCUUGAAGGGAAGCCCGAGAGGGAAAGCCCAAAGAGGACAAUAUCGGCUAGCGGUGGGCUUGGACUGUUAAAGCCUAAUAUUUGCUUGGACACCGGGAUGGCUGCUGCUGACUUGGUAUUAUUAGCUAGUCAAUUCUCUGAAUGGUCCCUGGCUUAAUGGGACACAGUCAGCUUUAUAUCGUACACUUGUAAUGUAAACGGUAUUAAUGUGUAGAUAUGAACAUAAUCAUAGUGACAUAAUGAUGAUGGACUUUUGGUACAAAAUCGUGGAAAAAUGGAAGGACGACAUCUUUAUACUAUGAAA